CUGUUGCAGCCAGCCUCCGCUGACACCGAGCGGAGUUUGGAUUGUCCUUCACGCCGGAAAGUCCAAUUUAACUCUAAAGUUAAACAACAGUGGUGCUGAAACUUUCACGAGUUUCCCAGAGCCUCAACCGGCAAACCACUCCUUUGACGAACUUUAUGGUCGAAGUGAGGAGGGAAGUGCCCUGAGCUCAGAGGACCAAAGGUCAACAGAGGUCCCAGUCCCAGUCUGUUCUCCCAGUCCUCCCCCUCCACCCUCACCUCCACCACCAACACAAGUGGAGGAGAAAACCCAGACACCCAAGCUGUUCACCCCAAGCAAGCUCAAUUUCACUUCCUCCCAGUCAGGAGGCACCAACAUGAACCUGUCAGACCUGCCAACCUUCACUCCCAGCGUCUUCCCUCCCAGUGCCUUUAACUAUGAGCGACCGAGGCAUUUUAUUCAAUCACAGCCGGCCUUUCAGGCACCCAGCUAUGAAAGUGUUCUGAAAGAGGCCCAGGAGAACCAGAAUAACUCCCAACAGAACCUCAGCAGUUCCCAAAAUAGUCAAAAUGUUACGGAGACACAGAGCCACGCUAAAAAGAUGUCUACACAAAGUCAGUCUUUUUCUCAGUCUCAGUCAGUGUCCAAGUCCCUCUCACAGACCCAGUCACAGCUCCAGUCACUAAGCCUCAGUCAGAACCAGAGCCAGUCUGUCGCCCAGAGCCAAAACCAGAUGCAGAGCCAGAUCCACAACCAGAACCAGAUGCAGAGCCAGAUCCAAAACCAGAACCAGAUGCAGAACCAGAUGCAGAGCCAAAUCCAAAACCAGAUGCAGAACCAGAUGCAGAACCAGAUGCAGAGCCAGAUUCAAAGCCAAGUCCAGAGCCAGGCCAAUGGCACUUGCAAGUCUUCUCCCUCCUCCUCAAGUCUCAGCUCUCCAGUCUCCACCCCGGCCUCCUCUGCUGCACCUCCUCAUUCCUCCACUGCCUCCUUGCCCAGUCCCUCUGCCCCCACCACCCCCUCCUCCCCUUUCCCGGCCUCCUCAUCAUCUGCCCCCCGCACCACCAUGCGCUCCACCAUCACCCUCACCCCCAGCGUGCCCAGUGCCACGGGCCUUGGGAGCGCCACCCUGCCAGCCAAUCAGGACACCAUGUCAGCACCUGCAGCGUACCUCUGCUCUGUGCUGCCCUCCCAGUCCGCCUUCUCCCCUUUCUCCUCCUCCAAGCUGUCUCCCAACUCCAACCUUCCCCAGCCCACCAUCUCCCCCUCCCGCUCCCCACUCGCCCCCUCCAGCCCUCUCCUCCCCAUGAGGGCCUCAUCUUCUCCUUCCUCCUUCCCUCAGCAGCCUCUCCCAGUGUCACCUUCCCUCCCUCACUCCCCUCUCUCUCCCUGCUCCUCCUCCUCCUUCCCACAGCCCAACACUCCCAAUGGUCAGAACAGAGUACCUCCUGCUGUGGUCUCCCUGCCUGCCAACUACAAGGGAGCGCCAAGCAUCCUUCCCAAGCCCAUUCUAAAGAAGUCUGUGGCUCCUCGACCUUCUUCCUCUCGCUCCACAGAUGAAGACAUCCAGGGCUCUAAAGAUGCUCUAAUCCAGGAUCUGGAGAAGAAGCUGCGCUCAAAGGAGGCCAGGAGGAGAACCAGCCAGAAAUUGUCCUAUGAGGAGCGUAUGGCUCGUAGGCUGCUGGGUCCAGACAACGCCAACUACAUGUUUGACCAAGACAGUCUCUCAGACUCACACCUCGACCAGCCAGAUUCACCAGAAGGAAGACACACAGGUGGAUUAUGGGGGAGGCAGCACUCAGGGACAGAUAGAGGAAACGAGGGCUCGGCCAUCCAGGAGAAAUGUUAUGCUCCUCGCUUCCUGCAGAUCCCUCCAGACCUCACCGUGGAGGAGGGACGCUUCUGUAGGAUUGACUUCAAGGUGGGAGGCCUCCCCACACCAGACGUGUGCUGGUACCUGGACGGUAAAGCCAUCCGUCCAGACGACUACCAUAAGAUGUUGGUGUGUGAGAAAGGGAUGCACUCGUUCAUCAUAGAGAUCGUCACAGUGCACCAUGCCGGAGUUUAUGAGUGUGUGGCCAGGAACCGAGCAGGGGAGAGCAGAUUUAGCAUGAGGCUCGAUGUAUUAGCCCAGGAGGCUCUCCGUCCUCCCACUUUUGUGCAGAAGAUGUUGAACUCCAGAGCUCUAGAGGGCGACACUGUUAGGUUAGAGUGUAAAGUGGACGCUUCCCCUCCUCCACAGCUCUUCUGGAAGAAAGAUAAAGACAUGCUGCGCAUCGACCCAAACAGAAUGAGUCUGUAUCAGGACGGUUCGGGCCGCCAGUGCUUGUUGAUAGAGAGGCUGACCAAGUCUGACGCUGGUUGGUACACUCUGUCUGCCAUCAAUGAAGCUGGCAUGUCCACAUGCAAUGCCAGGCUGGAUGUCGGCACCCGUACGACCCAGCCCAUGAAAACAGCGCCCCCUGGCUCCAAGACGUUGAAGCUGCUGUCCUCUCUGAGCCACGUACCCGCUCUGACCGUCGAGAGCCCUGCCCAGCACACCGCCCCUCUGUACGAGAGCGAAGAGCUGUAGAGACACACUAACCCCAGUCAAAGCCUCAGAUACCUAGCACACAUCUCACAAGUGUCUGUCAAACUGAGCCCCAGCCUGCAGUCAUUUAAGGCCACUAGUCAUGCUCCGGAUCACAAUCACAGGGACACAGGACACUGUUGAGGCUGACCCAGGUCAGGGUAAUUAAACAACCAGCAUCUUGGUUGUUUUAUUGUGCAAAAGGCUGAUAAACAGUUUGAUUUCUUGAACACAUUAAUAUUGUACAUUUGCCAAAUUUUCAAGUUUAAAGUGCAAAUCUAUUUAAAAAGAACAGUGAUAUGGCAUUUGAGAUUUUUUUUGUUCAUUGGAAAAAAACCUCUUUCUCCAUCCAUUAGAUGCUUUCUGUUGCAGAAACACUUAUUGGCUGCUUACAAAUGAGACAAAUGUUUCCAUAGUCAAGUGCCUUCUGAUUGAAUUAGCCUCAGCUCAUCCUGUCCAUCUGCUGCUGUUUGUCACCACUGUGCCUGUCCUUUCUCCGUCUGUUUGUUGUUUAAGGCUGCAGAGCUGAUGUUUGAUACAGGCUAUAAGCCUCUCUUCAUCCGCCUGUCCCCUCUGCUCUCACCUAAAUGCUGUGUCUAGGUCAUGGAUGUAUUAAUAGGCCUCCUGGAUACCUCCUGGAUACAGUGUGGCAGAGUUAAUCCCAGCGGCCAACUUCAAUAGUGCAGCACGAAAUCCAGUCCAGAGACCGUUUCCCCAUAGAAAAGUGGUGAGAGGACAUCAAGGUCUAACAGGAAGUAAGCUAGGAGAACAAAAACUGAAAGCAUCUGUCACUGCACUUUAAUCCUGAAAACUGUCACUUUCCUCUACUCCUUCUUUUCCCUGAAUUACAGCUACUGUUGCUGCUUCUGAUGAUGUGUGUCUGUAAAGCUCCAUUAACUGUUGAACGACAGCUCAGACUCCUUGAUAUAAACUCUGUGUUUUUAAAGUUGGUUUCUAAUAUUCAGUGUAUGUGAAUGAAGCUAUUUAUUUGAACUGAAGUUAUUAGUUAUCCUCUCUUGGCCUGCAGCGACAGGUAGUGAUGUGCCAAUGAAGCCUCAUGAACCUUUUUUUUUUUUCUGAAAUUUUU